GUCUCUCCGCAGCAGGUUGAGGGUUGAAAGGUGAAAGGUCGUCUCCAACAUGGCGGCUCCCGUGGAUGACAUGUUUUCUCUGUGCGUGGACCCCGGUAAAGCAGCCGGCAGCGUGGAGGUCCGGUUUAUAGACAAUGUGAAGGGCAAAGGUCUGUUUGCUAGAAGGAGCAUCAAGAAGGGAGACAGCAUUUUCAUUGAGCGGCCCCUCGUCUCUAGUCAGUUCCUGUGGAAUUCUUUGUACAAAUAUAAAGCCUGUGAGUUCUGCCUACGUGCUCUGGAGACGGCGGAGGACAAUGCGAGGAGACUCAGCGGAAUCCCCGGGCUGAACCUUCCUCACCCUGAGCUGUGCCGGGUCCGACCAGAGCUGCACCAGACCUGCCCCCAGUGCCAGGUGAUGUAUUGUAGCAGCGAGUGUCGACAAGCUGCAGCAGGUCAGUACCAUCGAGUUCUGUGUCUGGGUUCGUCCCAGGAGGAUCCAGAUCAUCCACUCAACAAGCUGAAAGACGCCUGGAGGAGUUUGCAUUAUCCUCCAGAGACCUCCAGCAUCAUGCUCAUGGCCAGAAUGGUUGCUCUCGUCAAACAGGAUAAAGACAAAGCACACUGGCAGAAGCUGUUCUCUCACUUCUGUAGCCGGACAGCGAACGAGGAGGAGGAGAUCGCCCAUAAGCUCCUGGGAGAAAAGUUCAGAGGACAGUUGGCCUCGUUACACGGCUUUUUCAGAGCAGCACUUUACGAUGAGCAUCUCAGUCGGUGGUUUGCUCCUGAGGGUUUCCGCUCUCUGUUCGCUCUGGUGGGGACUAACGGACAAGGCAUCGGCACCAGCUCCCUGAGUCAGUGGGUUCAUGGCUGCGAUGCACUGGAGCUUCCUGCCCAGCAGAGGGAGCAGUUGGACUCCUUUAUCGACCAGCUGUACAAGGACAUUGAGAAAGAAACGGGAGACUUUCUGAACUGUGAGGGCUCCGGACUCUUUCUGCUCCAGAGCUCAUGUAACCACAGCUGCUCGCCCAACGCCGAGGCGUCCUUCCCCGACAACAAUUUCCUGCUUCACCUCCGUGCCCUCGGGGACAUCCACCCAGGAGAGGAGAUCUGCAUCAGUUACUUGGACUGCUGUCAGCGGGACCGAAGCCGCCACAGCAGACACAAAACCCUAAGGGAGAACUACCUGUUCGUCUGCUCGUGUCCAAAGUGCGUCUCCCAGAUGGACGAGCUGGACGUGACAUCAGAGGAGGAAGAGGAAGAAGAAGGCGAGGCAGAAGGUGAAACAGAGGGGGACGAGAUAGAGGAUGAGAUGACAGAUGUCUGAUGAAAGACUUGCCCAUAUUGUUCUCAGCCGCUCCUGCCACCACGCUAAGCAGCCACGAAGCCCCGGAAGAAUAAAGACCAGUUCAAACCAUGAUCUGCAUUUCAACAGAACUGCUCGAGCUUCCUGUUAUCAACACAUUUCAGUCACUUUGUUUAGUUUCUGAGGGCAGCAACACAACGGUACAUGUAAGUGUGUGUCAGUGUUGGGAUUCCCGCCCUGCUUAAACACACUGGGGUUUUAAAUACUGCAGAGGUCAUGAGAUGCAGACUUUCAAGUUUCAGGGUUUUUGAAGUUCACAUCCACUUUGGGUUAAUAGUAUCAGAUUAUAUGUGUAAAAGGAAGACAAAAAUCUCAGAUUCCACUGGCUAUUGUCUGAAUAGCCAGUGGAAGAAUUCGCCUCUUGGGGCGAUGGCCAAUAUUUUGUUUCUUCCGGUGAAGACAGCGGGGCCGAGACUCCGUCUUCUAUUCGCCGUACACUGUUUACAGUCCUAUUAUUUUUCUUAUAUCACACGAAUCAAAUGUUUCCCCACAAACUGUUAUUUUGUUUAGGUCAAUACAGCAUUUUGGCUCAUAACCCCUAACCUUAAAGCUAAUUAAAAAGCCAACAGCUGACUCAUCUCUUGCUCUCCACACGGACUGUUGACCUGUGGGAGACCAAAGCCUGCUCAAGCAUCACUGGUCAAACUAGAAGGAAACCAGAAGGAUUCCUGCCCUAAGAUUUUGACCCUCACCUUCAGAUUCUGCAUCUUCACAAUCUGCUUAUAGACACAUCACAUAUCCCCCCAGAUCCAUUUGCAUUAGUAGAUGCAUGAAUGGGAUGAACCUACAACAAAUCCCAGCAACUAGACGUGCGACGUAGCAUAUCAACUAAUGCAAGUACAAAAAUAAUACUGUCCAGUUUGUGGGAGGCAUGUAAAUCAGUCUGAACGGGAGGAGGGAGGAGGGGGGGGAGUGGAACCCAUCUGUGAGAGCAAAUAAACGAGAUAAACGAUCGGUCUGGUUUCCAGGUUGUGGAACUGCAGUGGUGUGUUAACAUGAGUCUGUCACAUCGAACGACCCGUUAUAUUACAGCCACUCAUGGUUAGUAAAUACGAUGGAGAUUUAGAGCAGCUUUAAAGUUUAAAGUCACCACCCCCCCACCCCCACAUAUGUUAUUGUGUCAUUUGAAAUCCAGCGUGCAGGAGAACAGAACCCGACUCCCUGCCUCCCCCAUGUCUGACGUCCAGCUCCACUCAACACACCUCAGAAGAACGGCGAUCAUUUCCUGUUCCUGAGAACUCGUAAACAAAGCCACAAAGAGAAUUUGGUUCUCAGGUGUUUUGUCUUUUGCUCAACUUGUAAUAAGUUUCCUAGCAGACUAUGCACAUUGUUCUGAGGAGGCUUUUAAUUUAUAUUCCGAUGUAAUUACAGUCCUGUCACAUGAGUUAUCCAGCCACUAAAAUAUACUUUGAUUUUCAUUCCAUGAUCUAUGGAGGCGAAGUAAAACCUUACUUGAUGCAUUAUGGAGACCUUGAGUGGAAAAUUGCUUUGUCAGUAACUGUUUGCCCUUUGUUGAGAACUGUAUUUCAAGCCGCGGUUCCACGCGGGUGAAACUGCUGCUGCCGCCCGCACAUGAAUCAAUAUCACAAAAAUGACUGUAAUCACAAAUCCCAGUGUUUUCAGUUACUCCGCAAAGAUUGGAAAUAUCGAAAGAGCAAUCCCAAUUCCUCUCACUCUGCAUUCCGCUCGAUGGCAAAAGGGGCGGCGUGGCAUUGUAAGUCACACAAGUAUAAUUUAAAUAUUAUAACAGCAGCAAACAGAAGCCUUGCAGUUGUCGUUUUUACUACUCUGGCAUAAACCAUUGAAAUUG